CCUCAGUCUCAUACAUCCACAUUCCCGGGUCAUCGCAACAUCUAGUAAUGCCAAUGCCCAGUAAGUAACACCCCAAUCUACACUGUCAUGAGAGUAGUCCUCCUGUCUUGCACCUGUUCUUAUAUUGCGACACUCCGCCUGCACCUUCCUUCCUCCUUGCACUCUCCUAUCCGUCUAUUUCAAUCGUCUUUCCAACAGUCUCUCCAACCGUCUUUCCAACCGUCACUUUCGUCAUGUUUUACGAAGCCAUACUGACUGUCCCUCAAGCGGACGCUCUCUUCACUCCUCCGUCUUCCUACUCUCCUCAGAAAACCCUGGCCAGGCUGGACCUUCGAUUGGACUCACCCUCUGACGACGCUCUAGACGCUGAUAUCUUUAACAUGCUCGGCACAGGUUCUCCUCAGCCAUUUAUCAAAGAAGAGGUCGACGAGCUCCAGUUCAACCCCAAUCGAUUCAUGGCCCAACCCGGAUUCGACAUGAACCAACAAUACGGCGGCCAGCAGUUUGCCUCUGCUCACGACCACAAUGGCAUCAACCCAUCUGAUCUCACCAUGCACAUGAAUAACAACCAGUUUGGCUCAGCCAGCUAUAUUCAUGGUGCUGCAAAUAUUGCAGACGACGAGCUUGCUGAUUCGCUUGGUACCUUCGACCAGCAACAGGGAUUCAACGACUUCAACAACCAGAACAGCGUGAACCAACAAGACUUCUUCCACGGAAACGCCGGUGGCUCCAACAUGAACCAAAUCUACUCAAACACGCCAGACGAUCUACCUAUCCACAGUCCGUUUGUUCAUCCUCAGGCGUUUGACUUCAAUCAAUACCAAUCUGCGCCACAUAGAGCAGCAUUCCCUGGUAGCAUGCAGACAGGCUCCAUGCGACAGCGUAUGGCGAUGAGCAGGACCGGUUCUGACAGCCGCACUCCGAUGUCGCCAAAGACCCCGGCCAUGGCUGGGCUUCAUCUGGGCACACCCGAUUCGGGCAACUUCGCAUCCCAGCCCAUCAUGACCAACAUGCACCGCCAUCAGAAGAGCGUGUCUGGCCAGUGGGAUGGUACCCCCGGAAGUGCUCACUCCUGGAUUGAUUCACCGACACAGUCCCCUCACACUACGACGAUGCAUCAUCAACAGAUCUCCGAAGUUCUGCAUUCAGGCAAGCAUGCUUCAUUACCUAACAAGGUCGACAUUGGUCAGACGCAGGAUGCCAAAAAGCGUCGUCGCCGUGAAUCUCACAACCUGGUGGAGCGCCGUAGGAGGGACAACAUCAACGAACGAAUUCAUGAUCUGUCCCGUCUGGUCCCACAACACCGUCUCGAAGAUGAGAAGAUCCGGAAGCACAUCAACAACAACGGACCUCUUUCACCAACCCUUGCUGCCACUGGCAUGUCACCUCCACAAGCAACUUCCCUUCUGGCUGGCGGCAGCGGAAGGCGGGCUGCUGGAAACAUUACACAAGGAUUGCCGAUGGAAGAGAAAGACAAGGGACCCAACAAGGGUGACAUUCUCAACGGUGCUGUCAGCUGGACUCGCGAUCUCAUGUGGAUGACGUACAAGAAGAUCCAAGAGUGCGAGGAAUUGGCUGCCCGACUCCAAGAGGCUACCGGUGAGGAAUGGCCUACCGAGCAAACCGAGGACGAGAAACGCAUGAAGACAGAGAUCCUGGAUGCAAUGGACAAGAACGGCACCGGCACCUUCAGGUACUCUCGAGGAACCGGCUCAGGCCUGCGAGUGCCCAAGCAUACCAAUCUGGCUGGCGAAUCCCUCAGUCAAAUCUCGCCACAGAGUCUCAGCCCAGGCAUGCAGAGCACCGGUAGUGGAUCGGGCUCCAACCAGCCGCAAUACUGGUCAAACCAGAGCCUCAAGGAAGAGGAUGAGUACGGCAUGGACAUGGGCUGA